ACCUACCUACCUACCUACCUACCUACCUAAGCAUUGCAUUUCUCUCAUCACUCAUCACAUCAAUAUACAUAAACCCAAGAAAUCCCGAAUGCCGGGAUACUACUUUUGGCUACGCGAAACCUGAUAGUGGACUGACUUUCUUGCUUCGUGUAGGCAGAUGUCGUUAACUGCCUACCAACAUACCUAACAAAGUCAAAUAUACCUACCUACCUGCUUGCCCGCCUGCCCGCCCGUCUGCCUGCCUGCCACUCUAUGUGAGUACCAACCCCACGGCAUACGUACCAAGCCUCGGCCCGCAUCUCGAUAACGCACGGCUAGAUUUGCACUUAGCCCAUAGGGGUAGGUAGGUGGGUAGGUAUACUCAAUCCUAGUUGACGGAGGGUUCGUACACAAAUAUAUCCAAGGUCUUUUAUAUCAAAAGGACAGGAUAUAUUUAGCAUAUUUAGAUAGGUUAGGCACGUAUGUAAGGGAGACAUGUGUGUAAUAUAUUUCGAGAUAUUAUCACUUAGGUGCCUUACCUACCUGGGUAUAUAUACCGUUAUCAGCAUACUUACAUGUAACAUCAAGACGCGAGGGUUUGAUGCUCUACGUUACAUAUAUAUACACACUACAUGUGUAAGUGGGUAUGUAUACGGGAGACAGCCUUUAAGCGUAGGUAUGUAUGCACCUGUAUUGAUUGUUGUUUGUUACCUACAUACCCACAUGCACCCAAUAUAUCUACCUACCUACCCACAUACAUGGAUGAAGCAAAGCCUCCAAGACGCCGUAUCAGUAAGUAUGUAUAUAUGUUUCAACCAUGCGGGAUUCAUACAUAUAUACACACAUAAGUACAUACCCUACCUAUAUAUCUAACCAAUGCCUUCUACAACAUGUAAGCCAUGCGAAUGAAGCAAGAUAACACGAAGAAUGGAAGAUGGGAAGAGGAAGGGAGCUAACAUAUGUAGACAAAAACGUGAUGUCUAAGAUAUCCAUCCACACUCUUCCCUACUUACCUAACUACAUACCUAACCUACCUUCCUAUGUAACGUAGGUAGGCAAAUAGGAAGGAAUGCAAGUCCACCUAGGUACAUACACACAUACAUAUCAUGAGAUACACACUUACACAAACACACAGCCAGCCAGCCAUAUUCCACAGCAUACCUACUAACUAAAAACACGUGGCUUACCUGAAAGCUUGUCGUUUGGGGCUCCCGCAUACAUACCUACAUACAUACAUACCUACCUACAUACAUACAUACAUACAUAUGUUAACCCCCCCC